CGUUUGUAUAAUUUUCUGCGGCAUUUUUUCUAAUAUAUCACACUUUUAACUGCGUAGAUUUCUGAACAAAUAUAAUUUAAAUAUAUUGAGUAUAACUUUUAGCUAAUUAUACGUACUCGCGCGUCCUGUCUAUUUUGUUUACCGAUAAAAUUUCUACCACCUUGACUUCAUCUGCUGGUAUUAAUUCUUUUCAAUAUUUGUAAACACUUGGAGCAAGCUAGAUUGCUCUGUUGUGUCUUGUGCUCGCAUUACCUCGUCGACAUUCGACUUUAUAAUUUUUAAUCUUAAAUCAUUUUAAUUCAAAUAUUAAAGAUAUUUAGAAGGUUAGUCGUAGAAUAGUCUUACAUCCAGUAAAAUGGAAUCUAGUGGUACACUCAACUUUUCUGCCAAAAGAAAAGAAGAGUCUAAUGAUAUGUACACUAACAAAAAAGCCGAUAGUAAAACAAGAGACCAAGCAUCUGAUACUAAAAAUUCACAAUACUACAAAUGUCUGCAAGAAAAUACUCAGAUUCAUAUGCUUAGAGAACAAAGAGAAAUUGUCGAAUUUCAACUUAACCAAGAGAUUAAUAAAGAGUUUGAGAGCAAAGAUGUGAAACUCAAUGAGAAUUCAGUAUCUGAUGAAGGAAACGAUUGGUCUUAUCGAUCUGAUAAGUAUUCAGAUAUAAAAGUUAGCGAUAAUUUCGCAAUUGAUUCCUCAGUUAAACUGGGAACUAAGAGCGUAAUAAAAAAAGGAUCUCUCAGUGAUACUAUAAAAACUAAUGAUGGCACACUCAACGAACAAAAUAUGAAAUUACAUGCUACAGUAAAUACAAGUAAACCAUUUAUCAACUGUGAGGAACGUUCGAAGAAAUUGUCUAAUGAAGGAACUCUGCAAAUCCAUACUGAUUCGGUGCAUGAUAAUACAAAACUUCACAACUGUGAUUUAUGUGAAAAGACAUAUUCAAGCAAGGGUAAUCUCAAAGUUCAUAUCGAUUCGGUGCAUAAUCACAGGAAACCUUACAACUGUGACGUAUGUGGAAAGCCAUUCGCAUAUAAGUUUAGUCUGAAAAACCAUAAUGAUUCUGUGCAUAACCGUAUCGAUCACCUAUGUCACACAUGUGGAAAGACAUUUUCAAGUAAGGGUAAUCUCAAAGUCCAUAUUGAUUCGGUGCAUAAUCUUAUCAACCACCCUUGUCAUACUUGUGGAAAGACGUUUCCAUACAAUUUUUAUCUAAAAAACCAUAUUGAUUCAGUACAUAAUAACACGAAACCUCACACCUGUGACCUAUGCGGAUAUUCAUUUGCACAAAGGGGAAAUCUGAAAACCCAUAUUGAUUCGGUACAUAAACGUAUUAGUUACCCAUGUUAUAAAUGUGGUAGGACAUUCUCACACAAAGGUUACCUCAAAAUCCAUAUUAAUUCAGUGCAUUAUGAUAAAAAACCUCACAACUGUUGUGUAUGCGGAAAGACUUAUGCAUUGAAGAGUACUCUGAACUUGCACAUUACUUCGGUGCAUAAUCGUAUCGAUCACCCAUGUCAUAUAUGCGGAAAGAAAUUCUCUCACAAGGGUAAUCUCAAUGCCCAUAUUUAUUCACAGCAUUAUAAUAGAAAAUCUUACACCUGUGACCCAUGUGGAAAGUCAUUUUUCAAAAAGGGGUUGCUGAAAACCCAUAUUGAUUCAGCGCAUAAUAUCACUCUGUAAUACAAGUACCGUAAGUACUUAUCCGGGUGACAUUUGUGAAAAAUUAUUGUCAUAAAAAUCUGUUUUAUAAAUCCUCAUCGAUUUGUUAUGCAGAAGAAAAAACAUCGUUCGAAAUUUGCAAGUAAACAUUCUAAUGUAAAAAGUAAUUUUAAACUGCAACUCCAAAAGUAAAACUCAAGUGUACUAAAGUGUAUGUAUUUAUAUCAAUUCUUCGUGAAAUUUUAUAUAAAUUCUUCAUGAAAUACAUAAAAAUAGAAC